AUGUCCGGCCCUUACGACCAAUACAACCAGGGCUACCAGCAGCAAUACCCGCCCCACGGCCAGCAGCAGUAUCCACCUCAGCAGGGCUGGGACCAGGGCGGAUAUCAGCAGCCUGGCUACCCACCACAGCAGCAGCAGGGCCAAGGUUAUCACGACCCGCAACAGCAGGGCUACCAACAGCAGCAAGGUUACAACCAGCAGUAUGGCGCACCUGCACAUGGCGGUUUCCAGCACGGUCAGCAAGCGCCCUAUGACCAGCAGCAGGGUUAUGGCCAACAACAGCAAUACCCGCCAUCAGGCCAAUACCCUGGUCAGCAGCCGUCGCACCAAUUUCCCCAGCAAGGCGCCUAUCCCCAGGACCAGUAUCCUCAAGGCCAGAACCCAUAUGGUCAGCCAGGCCAACACGGCCCAACAGAUCCCAAUGCACAGGCCGAGGGCGAUCGUGGACUGAUGGGCGCUCUCGGUGGUGGUGCAGCCGGCUACUUUGGAGGUAACAAGAUGGGCGGCCACGGCAUUCUCGGUGCCAUAGCAGGCUCCAUCCUCGGCAGCAAACUCGAAGACAAGCACAAGAAAGGAAAGCACGGCAACGGCUACAACUAG